AUGACAACUCUCAGCACACCCGAAUCCCACAUCGUGUCUUCCACAGCCAAGAUGGAAGACUUCAAUUCCAAAGUGAAGAAGUGGAAUGAGGAUGUCUGGUUGGCAGGGAGCGAUGAGCGAUUUCUGAAGGAACAUGGGCAACUGCUUGUGCAUGCCUGGGUUGAGAUUGCGGAAACCGUGUUGGGCCUUGAUACAGACUUGGCGAAAUGUGGGCUAUUUGAAACCCUCACUGAGAUCUGCAGUGCAGCAGGAGCUGCAGACGCGAUCCUGAACUAUGUGGAGUGGAUGUCACGACCCGUCCCCGGCUCCCGGCACAAUUAUCCGGCUCCCGAGGCUGUAUCCAGCUUCCGAGGCUUGUGGUAA